CCUUCUUUUUCACUACUUGACUCGAAUUCACCUCUACUUCAUCUCUUAAUCUUUGCCUAUUCUGAUCUCGCUCACCACUUGAACCAAAACAAGAGAAGUAGAAGAAGGAAAAAGGAAAGAAGACAUGGAGGAACAAAAGAAACCAUCGUCCCUUCAAAUCGAAUCGGUGGUGGCUUCCGACACCAAGCGCUUCAAGGUGCCGGUCGACUCGGAGCACAAGGCGAUGGUAUUCUGGAUCUUCUCCUUUGCAGCCCCACAUAUGCGUGCCUUCCACCUCUCUUGGUUCUCCUUCUUCUGCUGCUUCGUGUCGACGUUCGCGGCGCCGCCGCUCCUUCCGGUGAUCCGCGACAACCUCGGUCUCACCAGGACCGACAUCGGCAAUGCCGGCAUCGCCUCCGUGUCCGGCGCCGUCUUCGCCCGGCUCGCCAUGGGCACCGCCUGCGACCUCGUCGGUCCCCGUCUCGCCUCCGCCUCCCUCAUUUUCCUCACCACCCCCGCCGUCUAUUGCACCUCCGUAAUCAACUCUGCCUCCGCCUACUUGCUCGCUCGCUUCUUUACAGGCUUCUCCCUCGCCUCCUUCGUCUCCUGCCAAUUCUGGAUGAGCUCUAUGUUCUCGGCUCCCAAGGUCGGAAGGGCCAACGGCGUCGCCGCCGGCUGGGGGAACCUCGGCGGAGGUGCCACCCAGCUCAUCAUGCCUCUCGUGUACGAGCUCAUCCAUAAUGCGAUUGGCAGCACCAAGUUCACCGCGUGGCGCAUCGCCUUCUUCAUCCCAGGGCUCAUGCAGACUGCCGCCGGGAUCGCGGUCCUGACCUUGGGCCAGGACUUGCCCGACGGCAACUACCAGAAGCUCGAAAAAGCUGGGGACAAGCACAAGGACAGCUUCUCUAAGGUUUUCCACCAUGCGGUCACCAACUACAGGGCGUGGAUCCUGGCAUUGACAUAUGGGUAUUGCUUCGGGGUGGAAUUGACCAUCGACAACAUCAUUGCCGAGUACUUCUACGACAGGUUCGAUGUCAAUCUCCGGAACGCAGGGAUGAUCGCCGCGAGCUUCGGGCUGGCGAACAUUUUUUCGAGGCCGGCCGGGGGAUUGUUCUCCGACCUCCUCUCCAGGAGGUUUGGAAUGAGAGGGAGGCUGUGGGGCUUGUGGUUGGUGCAGAGCUUUGGUGGAGUUCUCUGCAUCAUACUGGGGCUCAUGGACAACCUCGCUGCAGCCAUCAGCGUCAUGCUGCUCUUCUCAGUGUUCGUCCAGGCCGCUUGCGGACUCAGCUUCGGCAUCGUCCCCUUCGUCUCCCGAAGGUCCCUGGGAUUGAUUUCUGGGAUGACAGGAGGCGGUGGAAAUGUUGGUGCAGUCUUAACGCAGCUUAUAUUCUUCAAAGGCUCCAGAUACUCGACACAAAAAGGGAUCGCUCUCAUGGGUGUCAUGACCCUGGCCUGCACCCUUCCGAUCAUGCUCAUCUAUUUCCCACAGUGGGGUGGAAUGCUCGUAGGCCCGAGACCAAAUGCCACAGAGGAAGAUUACUACGCAGCUGAAUGGAGUCAAAAGGAGAGAGACAGUGGCUGCCACUCAGCAAGCUUGAAAUUCGCAGAGAAUAGUGUGAGCGAAAGAGGAAAAAGAAGGGACCCUUCAACUACAGUCCCUGUGGAUACAACACCUUCGCAUGUUUGAGCUCUUCCUCCUGGCUCAAGAGUUUGACAUUGGUAGCCAGCUCCAUAGCCACACAAAAGACCUGUUGUGUGGGCUUCUAUCCCUGUUAUGCUGUCCAUAUUUUACAUUUCAGCUAGUAGGUUGAGUUAGUCGAGAGAGUCAGUUGUCUCAAGAGAGUCUCAUUUAAUAUCCCAUUGCCACUGCUAUAGUGUGUGUGUGCUUCACAUAUUGGCCCAGCCAAUACCAUGCUCUCUCCUUCUGUGCUUGUGUUUCUACAAGUUCCUUAAUUUGGUGUAAAAUAUAAAGCAGAAUAUAUUUGAGUCCUAUUGUUUCUUUCAUCUCUCA